CAAUGUUACUGCUGCAUGUACACAAGGGAUACUACUCUCACACAGCAAAAGAAUCGUAGGCUUAAAAAUGACAGAAAAGUACAUUAUCCGAGAGUCCACGAAGGACGAUUGUGAUCAGAUUAUGAAAAUGAUUAGGGAACUAGCUGAGUAUGAACGAUUGUCUGAUCAAGUAAAGCUAAAUGCAGAAACUCUGCAAAGAGAUUGCUUUGGAGAAGAAAAGUUCUGUCACUGUCUUGUUGCAGAAACCAUUUCGCCAGGAGAAUGCGGAGAAGAGAAACUUCUUGUAGGCUACGUGCUAUUCUAUUACAUCUAUUCCACUUUUAAAGGCCGUGCCUGCUACAUUGAGGAUGUCUAUGUUACACCAGCAUGGCGAGGCAAGGGCAUUGGCAGAGCCAUGUGGACUGAAGUUACAAAGAUUGCUGUUGCAAAGGAUUGUGUUCUUCUGCGUUGGGCAGUCUUAGAUUGGAACACUUCAGCAAUUGAUGUUUAUAAACAAUGGGGAGGACAGAAUAUGUCUGAAAAGGAAGGCUGGCUUUUCUUUCUAAUGCAUAAACAAUCAAUGGUUGAUUAUUUGGCAAAGUAUACAAGUAUAAAAUAGAUGCCACUUGUAAUUUUUUGCAUUUUACAAUCAUGACAAUCAUAUGCUCCUUUUCUUAGAACCAGUCUGGAAAAUGUUUGCAUUUUCAAUCUUUUCUUCUAAAUAUACAGAAAGUAAGAUUAUUUUGCUCUGCACACAAUGCUUAGAAUGUUUUCCAUUCAUUUUCAAGCAUUUUGGUUUGUCUUUUUUGACGAUAAAAACAAUUUAAGAAUAGAUGCAUUUAAGUAUUUGGCUUUAAUAAACAGAGUAUGCUGUCUGUGUUGUCAAGCGGUCCGGUGGCGCAAGGGUUAGCGCCUGUCACCACUCAGUGAAUGUUGUCAGCCCUGAGUUCAUUUCUCGUCUCGGGCACGCUGUUCUUUCUCUGCACGUGGCAUCUGUUUACAGGGCUGGCUGCCUGCCGUAAUAUAGCCUUAGUUGCUUACACGGCGUAAAACACCAAUUUCCCUCCCCCUCCCCCCGUGUUGUCAAAGGUGUUUUGAGUCUGAAAAUCAUGUUUGGAUAUAAAGUGGACGGAUUUUGUUUAGGUUUAUGUGUGCAAGUAAUGUUGCUAAAUUUUGAUUUGCACAUAAUGCUUAGAAUGCUUUUCAUUCAAUUUUAAACAGUUCAGUUUUUUUUUUUUUCUAUAGAAGCAGUUCAACAAUUGAUGCAUUGAAGUAUUUGGCUUUAAUAAACAGAGUAUGCUGUCUGUGUUGUCAAAGGUGUUUUGUGUCUGAAAAUUGUGUUUGGAUAUAAAGUGGAAGGAUUUCGUUUAGGCUUACGUGUGCAAGUAAUUGCUGACAGAUGUUAUUACAGACAGGAAGAUACUGCAAUUACCUAAUUUGUUUAUGGGUAAAUUAAGAAAGUACCUGAUGUUUUCUGAUCAGUGAGAGAGCAAUCACAUAUUAUGAAAACUAUCCUUUCAGCUUUAAUAUCCUCCACCUGCCCACACAUACAAAAGAACUGUUAUAAUAACCUGGGUACUUAGUACCAUACCCCAAACAAAGCUGGCAUAACUGCACAUUAUGAAAGACAAAUUUUGAACUAGGUAACAGUAAAUUAGCAUUGUACGUAGCUGGUGUUUACAUCAAUAACAGGUCGAAGGUACUUGCAUUUUGAUACUCUUACAACCUUUGUGUCAUCAAUCAUUAGAUCAGUGUUAGGUGAAGGUUAACUCUAAAAAUCAAUAAUUAAUUGUUUCUCUAAUUUUUACAAUAUUUAUAUUAAAAUACAUUUGUGAUAGAGCUGAGCAGCACAUAAGUUGUCUAGACAAAAAAAAA